AUGCCGUUUCUUCGUCGCCGCGGCGUAAUCGCCAGCGAAACCGAUAUGCGCCGUCAUGCCAAUUCCGACGAAGUGCUGUCGGUCGAUAAUCAGCAGGCCGUCCCCGAGACGACGCAACCGGGCGAACCUACCCUGCCGGACUCACCACCUUCAACUCCUCCCGAUCCAGCAGCUGAAACAAGCACUAUUUCCGCGCCUUCCACAACAACCCUUCCCAGCGAAACCUCUCCUGAUGCUGGACAACCCUCCUUGCAGCCGAUUCCCUCGAUAAAUCUACCUCCGAGAUCCCAAUCGCCUCCGCUGCCAGAUGAUGCCAGCAAACAACGUCGAUUUUCCAUGCUUAGGUUCCGCAAUGCCUCCGACUCCCAGCUCGCGACGAGGGCAAAACAGCAGGCACAGGCUGAGAAAAGGCCGCCGAUGCCCCCAAUCUCUCUGUCGCACCAGCACCAGCACCAGCCACCCCCCGAGAUAAUCAAAACCUCUCCGACUGUUGACAUGAAUACAAUGCCUCUACCAAAGAAGUCGUCGCGCAUGAAGCUUCCAUGGGGUUUGGGAGACAAGGAUGAGAGCAAAGGCGAUCCUGGUGAACAUGCGCCUCGUCCAACGACUAAAAAGGACCGGAGGAAAACGCUCAACUUUGGAGCAACAUCUAGCAAGCAGAGCGUCACCUUCGAUGUUCCCGGAAGGGCCAGCACUUCCCACCAACCUCCUGCUUAUGGCGAGGACACAGACGCAAACGGAUUACCCCUCCCGGUAACCAGGCUAUCCGAGUCCUCGAGAUCGGACGGCAGCUCUGGCGAUCACCGCGUGUACGGAAGCACGACGACCACGACCCAUACAGUUCAAACCACAACCACCUUCUUUCGACUACCGCGCCGGCGACAAAAACAGCCGGAACCGCUAUUCCCAAUAGCACACCUGCAGAAGGGUGGUAGUUCUCAGUCGGAUGUUCAAAGGCCUACCACUGGCGCUUCGCUAGCGAAUGCCACGCCUGAUUCUUUUAGAGCAAGUACAUCAAGCCGGCCUGCCGGUCAAAGUGCGACGCCGACGCCGACGGCUUCGAGACCCACCUCGUCCAGGCUCACAUCUUCUGCGACGUCCCCUACUUUUCAUCUUUCCCACAAGGCUAGCGUGUCGCCUGCUACCGCUCUUUUCAGGCCUGAUUCGCGAAACUCGGGCCGGUCGUCACCAUCUAAACUGGCCCUCAACAAUAGAGGGAGGUCCUCGACUUUCAGCUCGUUAGGAAGGCAAUCGAUGGACGAUGGUCUGCACGCGCCUCCGCGCACUUCGACGUCUACGGGACGCAAGAGCUUUGGGGAUCUCCUUGGACUGAACAAGCUCCGCCAAAACAACGAUCUUUCGGGAAGACACGGUUCACGGACUCCAGCCACACCUGGCUCCACAACAUCAAAGAACAACUCACUUCAGAUUGCUCGAGAGCAAGCGCUUGUUCUUCCGGAGAGACGAGAUGACGAUACCCCUGCGAAGUAUCUCGCAAGGUUAGAAGAGGUCGUCAGUCGCAGUGUGGUCGCCAGCGCUCUGUCCAAGAGCGCCGACGCGUUCUCGCAGGCAGUGUUACGGAGCUAUAUGCGCAGGUUUAGCUUCUUCGGGGAUCCAAUGGAUAUGGCCAUUAGGAAGCUCUUGAUGGAAGCUGAGCUUCCCAAGGAAACGCAGCAAAUCGAUCGCUGUCUGCAGGCUUUCGCAAACCGAUACCAUGAGUGCAACCCGGGAAUCUAUACCAAUCCAGAUCAGGCUUACUUCAUUGCAUUCUCUCUUCUCAUCUUACACACUGAUGUGUUCAACAAAAACAACAAAUACAAGAUGCAGAAGGCGGAUUAUCUCAAGAACACACACGGAGAGGGGAUAUUUGAUGAUAUCCUCGAGUGCUUUUACGACAACAUAACUUACACGCCAUUUAUCCACGUUGAGGACGAUCUGGAUAUCAACGGGGACAGGAUAGUUGCCCAUAAGGCCAAGAAGAAGUCACUCUUCAACGCCAACCAGGAUCCAGUGAAGAGGGCCGCCAAGGAACCGAUCGACCCUUACACCUUGAUAAUUGACCAGAAACUUGACAUACUGCGGCCUAACCUCAAAGAUGUGAUCCCCUUGGACGACACUUACAGCUAUCUGGGUACUGCACAGUCUUUCAACCUGCAGGAGCUUCAGAAGACUUUCUUUAAGACGGGCAUUCUUCAAAUAGUGUCCGCUAGGUCGCGACCGGAUGCUUUCAUGUCUGAGAAGACAGCGACUAAUCCCGAGGAAGCGCAGCAAGGUAUUGUGGACAUCAAAAUCACCAAGGUUGGACUGCUCUGGCGGAAGGAUGUGAAGAAAAAGAAAACAAGAUCGCCUUGGCAGGAAUGGGGUGCCAUUCUGACGGGAGCUCAACUAUACUUCUUUCGCAACACGUCAUGGGUCAAGAACUUGAUGCACCAGCUCGAUAGCCACAUCAAGCAUGGCAACGACGGCAUACCCGUUAUAUUCCAGCCACCACUGGAGCACUUCAAGCCAGACAGUUUAUUGUCAACCAAUGAUGCGGUUGCGCUGCUCGAUUCGUCCUACAAAAAGCACAAGAAUGCCUUCGUUUACGUCAAGCAUGGGGGCUCCGAGGAGGUCCUCUUGGCGGACAAUGAAGAGGAGCUCAACGACUGGCUGGCGAAACUCAAUUAUGCCGCAGCGUUUAGAACGUCGGGUGUUCGAAUGAGGGGCGUCGUGGGUGGCAGCUACGAUGGGCAGACUCGACGGGCCAUCAGAAGACUCGAGUCCGACUCCUCGACGUCGAUACAGACGCCCAGCGGUGAGGUGACAAUCUCAAGGAGUCGUAUCGACCACAAUCUAGCACAAGACAUCCUCGAACGUCGGCGUGAGGUCAUGUCGGAAAGAGUUUCAGACGCCAACGAGAGGUUGCAGGAGCAGGAGGCGAAACUGGACGCCCAACUGAGGAAUGCUAGGCACCUACAGAUUCUGGCCCCAAUUAUGCCGAAGACGAGGGAUCAGAUACUCUUGUCGGCGGCCCGGAUAGCUGCAAAAUUAAAAUGGACGCGCAUGGAGAUGUGGAAAUUAAAAUGCCAUCGUGACAUCCUCCUGAUGGACCUGGAAGAAGAGAGAAAGUUACUUGGUCUCCCGCCGGCCUUGAUAUUGGGGCACAUUGCCAAUCCCGAAAAGCCAGCUCUGGGCCGGGAGAUAUCAAAAGCCAGUUCCUCUACUAUAAUACAACAGAGCCCCAAGUCAACUUUGCCGGCACCCAUCCGUGUGGCCCCUCCCGCUCCCGGAGAAGCACUCGACUCACCUGAUGGCGAUGUGUUCCAAACACCGCCGACCAGCGCGACGUACCACAAGCACAGUCUGUCCUGGGAGAAGCCAACCGUCAGUGUUGAUCACGCAAGUCCAAGAAAAGAAUCUACUGCUAGUGCCACUGCAACUCCGAUACUAGUUGCUGCAUCACCGUCGCCAAAUAUGGCAAGUUCAACAUCCCCUUCGGCAGCCACAGACAUCCCAAUUGCAAUCCAAGCACCCCAUCCAGCUGGCAACUCCAGUGAUGAGCAUGAUGCAGCCGAGAGGGAACUGCUUGAACAAGCCGGGCUCCUUGAGAGCGAGCCGUCGAACGAAACUGAAAACAGGUCCACUACAGCACUUGCAGGGGAAUUUUCGGACGCUCAAGAACGAGAACCUUGGGAGACUAAUUCCCCUCUGCCAGGGUCAGUCUCUUCCGACAAGCAAGAUCGCAAUAAAAUCCGAAGAAGUCUUCAACGAACGCUUCGCGAAAGUGCUGGGCACUUAUCCCAUGUGCGCAGUCGCAAGGGCAAGGAGCCAGCCGCUCCUUCGAGUGCCGACGAGGAAUCGUCUCGCGACGAGACAAAUGUCCUCUCAAGAGGCACUGGCUCGUUCGUGGUCCAUGGCAAGAAGGCCUCCGUCAUCAAUUUUGGCGGUGAUUUACAAGGAAGCGCUGCGGACCAGAGGCUCCGAAAUCGCAAGGCACAGCAGGCCAUGGAUACGCUGCGCACGGAUGUGAACUCAACGCCAUUUUCCGGAACGGACCCCAGUCCCACAUCGGCAGCCGCGGCUCCGGACUUCAGGACGAUCCUUCAAUCGCCCAAAGACUCUGAGCGCCGUGAAUCAGCCGCCAGCGCAAGCACCGCUACCGCCAUGAGCUUUCGUGAACUUCACAGAAAGUACUCAACAGCCCAGGCAACAAAAUCUCACGGAAACCUUUCGCUCCCGGACGAGGAUAGCGACGCCGCUCUUAGUUUCUCGGAUGGCCGAAGAACCCCGCUACCUCCGAUUGAACAUGAUUCAGAUGAGGAGGCAGACUUGGCGAAUGAGGUUCGACUGAGGCUGGGGCUAACUUUGGACCAGGGAAAGAGGGCUGUCACUGCUGAUGAGGACGAGGAGGAUGUCGACAUCGGUAGUAACGAUGACGAGAACAAGACAAGUGGUGGUCUGCUCAGCCCUGCUGAGAGUACAUUGCAGCAGAGGUUCUACACGCCAGAACCACCGUUGUCGCCCACAUCUGAAACGAGCGAUGACCGUGAGGUCGACCGUGGUCAUACACAAACGCCGCUUAGUUCGCCGCCACAGCUUCAAGCCGUGAAUGGUUAG